AUGUGGAUUGGUGGCCGAAAGGGUAGGAUAGGCCUUCAAGGUGGAAGUCCUGGAAAUGUUCGCGCCCAUUCCGGAGAUUUGCCCAUCGCCCCUGAGUCUGGCGGUGCAGGGCCAGGGCGUCGAAAUCUCUACGCCAUGUUGCUGAAGGGUGCUGGAGAAGGUAUGGCUGGAGCACACUUGGAAGUGAAACCAAACGCAUGGAAGAGCGCCUCAAACUUUGUGGUGGGUCAGUCGGGGGGUUCAGUCCAGCCCCCACGUGCUCCACCACCAGACUUCCCGCCGUGGGUUCACGUCGACUCCCAUUUGUGCUACAAGGCAACAUCUGGUAAGACCAUGGAAGUCAUUGUGAAAGAGAUUUCAGUGGACAAGGGCAGUGUGAAGAUUGUUUUUGCCGAGAACGAAAAGAUUUGGAAAACCAUCCCUAUCAGCACUAUCACCAGCAAGGACAAUCCCUUGCUGGGCCAAUGGGGCGCUGAGCAACGGGACCGCCGGGUCAAGAAAAAACCAGGAGACGAAGGACUCAAGCAGUUGGUGCGGGAUGCUAUUGAUGCCGUCCAAGGCGAGCGAUCCGCUGCAGGUGCUGUGGAGUUGCGUUUGCCCUUCCCAUCUUUCUGUGGGCGCAGCUUAACACGGACGGUUCAUGAUUUGGACACCGCCAUCCAAGAUUGGAUGGGGCAACAUGGAAAGCCGCUGGCCCUUGCAAGGGUCAAAAGCAGUUUGCAACUGAGCAGCUUUCAAUCAGCUGACGAUAGCCUUUGUGUGACUCUUCGCUUGUCUGAUGGUUCUGAGGCAGUGGGUUCCUAUCGCCAGGAUUUCCAGCAGCCCCUCCAAAAACUCAAGGAGCUGAGAGCCUUGCACCAGCUGCGAGGGGAUGAGGUUUUCAAAGCAGCGAGGAUCGGGAGGAUCUGGAAGCUUGAAGAACUGAUCAGCCUCAACUGGGGUAUCCAAUUGGUGGCCUUUAGCCCAUGCUCAUACUCACCAGUUGCCAGAGAUCGUCCUCCAAGUGGUGUCAAACCGUACCUGACUCGAUUCCACUGGAGAAACGGAGCAUGGCACUGGAUCCACACGUGA